AAAAAAAUAUGUUGUUUAACCUCGUUCUAAAAAAAUAGUAUGCAUUUCAUUUGUAUUUCUACCAAAAUUCAGUAAAACAAAACAAAAAAAAAAAAUAUGUAAAAUAAAUUUCUAUCAACAAAAUAAAUAAAUACAAAAAAAUGCCGAUAGUUAUAAUAAAAAAUUACACAAAAAAUCUAACGAAUUUGUAAAUAAAUUUUAAAAAAAUUCAUAGUGAAACAAAAAAAAAAAAGUUAAAUUUUAAUCUAAUUUAUCUGUGAUUUUUGUGAUUUUUUGUGCAAAAAACUAUUUCCGAGUAAAAAAUAAAAAAAAAUGUAUCAUAUUAUGUAAAAAAAAAAUCUUACACAUAAAUUUUAAUCAGCUAAUAGAACUUCAGUGGAAAUUCGGUAAAAAAAAUCUUCGUGCCAUCAUCGUCACUGAUAAAAUACACACACACACAAACAUAUACUUCAAAAAUAUUUAUUAGAUGUUUAAAUUAAUAAAUUAUUUUCCUGCAUAAAAAAAAAAAAUAAAAAAUAAACAAAGCAAGAAAAUAAAAAUAAAUUUAAAUUAAAAUUAAAAAAAAAAAAAAUAAUUAAGAAAAUACAAAAAUUCCAUCAAUUAAUCAAAUGCUGAAUGAAAUGAGGAUUAUUAGUCAACCAGGACGAAUGAGUGCUCCAGUCAACGUGGUUUAACACAAUAUGGCCGAGCGGUCGUCUGUUACAUAUAAAAAGUUGGAAAUAUUGACGGUUGGCAGCGGCUCAGGAAGCGGCGCUAGCAGGACAGCAACAGGGCUCCACAAGCGGGGGGCACUUGGGUCGAAGGGGAGCCCAUCGCUUAGCUGAUAGAAUGGGUGGCCCGAGUAGUCAGGGCCAAUCACCACCCGGUGGUGGGCCCACAUCACUUUUUAUCCUCACCGAGGAUAAUCCAAUUAGGAAGUAUACACGAUUUAUAAUAGAAUGGCCGCCCUUCGAGUACGCUGUGUUAUUGACAAUCAUUGCCAACUGUGUAGUGUUGGCAUUAGAAGAACAUUUGCCUGAGGGUGAUAAAACAGUAUUGGCUCAAAAACUGGAAAAAACCGAAGCCUAUUUUUUAUGCAUUUUCUGUGUAGAAGCAUCGCUCAAGAUCCUUGCCUUAGGGCUAGUUCUGCAUAAACACUCCUACCUCAGGAAUAUAUGGAACAUAAUGGAUUUUUUCGUUGUAGUAACGGGGUUCAUCACAAUGUUCCCACAAAAAGGGCCCGAAGUAGAUCUAAGAACAUUAAGGGCUAUUCGUGUGCUAAGGCCCUUAAAAUUAGUUUCUGGAAUUCCUAGUUUACAAGUAGUUUUAAAAUCAAUUAUCAAAGCAAUGGCACCGUUACUUCAAAUCGGACUUUUGGUCCUGUUUGCGAUCGUUAUAUUUGCAAUCAUCGGACUCGAGUUCUAUUCGGGCGCACUGCAUAAGACUUGUUAUAGUUUAGAGGAUCCAAAUAGAAUUGUUAAGGAGGGCGAAAUGGAAACACCGUGCAACACGGACAACGCCACUGCUGCGUCGGGAGGUUCAUACGUUUGUAAUGUUAACUCAAGUAUGUGCCUGGAGAAAUGGGAUGGACCAAACUCUGGAAUAACUAGUUUUGACAAUAUCGGUUUUGCCAUGUUGACCGUAUUCCAGUGCAUCACAAUGGAAGGCUGGACAGCAAUACUGUAUUGGACCAACGACGCAUUAGGUUCAGCAUUUAAUUGGAUAUAUUUUGUGCCUCUAAUAGUAAUAGGCUCAUUUUUUAUGCUCAACUUAGUUCUUGGUGUUCUUAGCGGUGAAUUCGCAAAAGAACGAGAAAAAGUAGAAAAUAGGCAAGAAUUUCUUAAGCUUAGAAGACAACAGCAACUAGAAAGAGAGUUGAACGGCUAUGUUGAAUGGAUUUGUAAAGCUGAGGAAGUGAUAUUAGCCGAAGAAAGAACGACAGAAGAGGAAAAAAUGCACAUAAUGGAGGCGAGAAGAAGAAAUGCAGCCAAACGAAAAAAGCUGAAAAGCUUAGGAAAAUCCAAGUCAACAGAUACAGAAGAAGAAGAAGGCGAAGAAGAUUAUGGUGAUGAUGUUGAGACUGAUAAUGAUAAUGACAAGGAAGGAUAUCUCAAAUCGCGAACGAAAACUCAAGGAACAUGCAAGGGUUUCUGGCAUGCGGAAAAGCGAUUUCGAUUUUGGAUCCGACACACCGUUAAAACGCAAUGGUUCUAUUGGUUCGUCAUAGUUUUGGUGUUCCUGAAUACUGUUUGCGUUGCUGUAGAACAUUACGGCCAGCCAGCUUGGUUAACAAAAUUUCUGUAUUAUGCAGAAUUUGUGUUUCUUGGUCUAUUUAUGACAGAAAUGUGGGUCAAAAUGUACGCACUGGGUCCACGGAUAUAUUUUGAAUCAUCAUUCAAUCGUUUCGAUUGUGUCGUCAUUAGUGGUUCGAUAUUCGAAGUGGUGUGGUCCGAGGUGAAAGGCGGCUCAUUCGGUUUGUCCGUUCUGCGUGCCCUCCGUUUACUACGUAUAUUCAAAGUGACCAAAUAUUGGUCGUCGCUGCGGAAUCUUGUGAUUUCGCUGUUGAACUCGAUGAGAUCCAUCAUUUCAUUGUUGUUCCUGCUCUUCUUGUUCAUUCUGAUAUUUGCAUUGCUAGGCAUGCAAUUGUUUGGUGGGCAAUUUAAUCUGCAGGGUGGUACGCCCGAAACAAAUUUCAACACAUUUCCGAUUGCACUAUUAACUGUCUUUCAAAUAUUGACCGGUGAGGAUUGGAACGAGGUCAUGUAUCAGGGUAUUAUAUCACAGGGUGGAGCCAAAAAAGGAAUGAUUUAUUCGCUAUACUUUAUCGUUUUGGUGCUAUUCGGUAACUAUACACUGCUAAAUGUGUUCUUGGCUAUCGCCGUCGAUAAUUUGGCAAAUGCCCAAGAACUGACAGCAGCCGAAGAGGAGCAAGUUGAAGAGGACAAAGAAAAACAACUGCAGGAGCUUGAAAAAGAAAUGGAAGCAUUACAAGGCGAUGGUGUAUAUGUUGAAGGACAAACAGCAACGCCCGCGGCAAGUGGCAAAAGUAAAAAGAAAGAAGAGGAGAAAAAAGAAGAAGAGGAAGUGACAGAAGGUCCCAAACCAAUGUUGCCAUAUUCAUCAAUGUUUAUUUUAUCACCAACAAACCCUAUUCGUUGUGGAGCCCAUUGGGUGGUCAAUUUGCCAUACUUCGAUUUUUUCAUUAUGGUCGUCAUCUCAUUGUCAUCGAUAGCGUUGGCCGCCGAAGAUCCCGUCAUUGAAAAUUCGACGCGAAAUAAAAUUUUAAAUUAUUUCGAUUAUGCAUUUACGGGCGUAUUCACAAUAGAAAUGUUACUAAAAAUUGUAGAUUUAGGUAUUAUAUUACAUCCUGGCAGCUAUUUAAGAGAAUUCUGGAAUAUUAUGGAUGCUGUGGUCGUUAUAUGCGCUGCAGUAAGCUUCGGUUUCGAUAUGACCGGUAGCCAAGCGGGAGCAAAUUUAUCAACGAUUAAAUCGUUGCGUGUAUUACGUGUCCUGCGUCCAUUAAAAACAAUUAAACGUGUACCGAAAUUAAAAGCGGUAUUCGAUUGUGUGGUGAACUCGCUUAAAAAUGUUGUUAAUAUUUUAAUCGUGUAUAUAUUGUUUCAAUUUAUUUUUUCGGUAAUUGGUGUACAAUUGUUCAAUGGGAAAUUUUUUUAUUGUACGGACGAUAGUAAACAUACUGCCACAGAGUGCCAGGGUUCCUUCUUCAAAUAUGAAGAAGAUGAACUAUUACCAAAAGAGGAACGGCGGAUUUGGAAAACGCGAAACUUUCACUACGAUAAUGUAGCAACUGCCAUGUUAACAUUAUUCGCUGUACAGACCGGUGAAGGAUGGCCUCAAGUCCUUCAACAUUCGAUGGCAGCCACAUAUGAAAACAGGGGUCCAAUUCAAAAUUUCCGGAUUGAAAUGUCCUUAUUUUAUAUUGUAUAUUUCAUAGUAUUUCCAUUCUUCUUCGUUAACAUUUUCGUGGCCUUGAUUAUCAUUACAUUUCAAGAGCAAGGCGAGGCUGAGUUGCAAGAUGGUGAAAUCGAUAAAAAUCAAAAAUCUUGCAUAGACUUUACGAUUGGUGCUCGACCUCUGGAACGUUAUAUGCCGAAAAAUCGCAACACUUUUAAAUAUAAAGUGUGGCGAAUUGUAGUUUCAACACCGUUCGAGUAUUUUAUAAUGAUGCUUAUUGUGUUCAAUACGCUAUUACUUAUGAUGAAGUAUCAUAACCAAGGCGAUAUGUAUGAAAAAUCCUUAAAAUAUAUCAACAUGGGGUUUACUGGAAUGUUCAGUGUUGAAACAGUACUGAAAAUAAUCGGAUUUGGUGUAAAGAAUUUCUUCAAGGAUCCAUGGAACAUUUUUGAUUUGAUUACUGUUGUUGGCAGUAUCAUUGAUGCAUUAUGGAUGGAAUUCGGGUCGAGUUCGAUAAACGUUGGCUUCCUGAGAUUAUUUCGUGCCGCUCGUCUCAUAAAACUACUUCGCCAAGGAUAUACGAUACGAAUUUUACUCUGGACAUUCGUACAAUCGUUCAAAGCACUUCCUUAUGUCUGUUUGCUUAUUGCAAUGCUGUUUUUUAUUUAUGCCAUUAUUGGCAUGCAGGUAUUUGGAAAUAUCAAACUAAGUACACCGGAACAGUCAAUAACUAGACACAACAACUUCCAAUCGUUUGUGCAAGGAGUCAUGUUGCUGUUCAGAUGUGCAACGGGCGAGGCGUGGCCGAACAUUAUGCUGGCGUGCCUUAAAGGGAAGCCAUGUGAUGAGCGUGCGGAGAAGGGGGAUGAGACAUGUGGUUCCACAUUGGCAUAUGCAUAUUUUGUGUCAUUCAUAUUUUUUUGUUCAUUUCUGAUGUUAAACUUGUUUGUUGCCGUCAUCAUGGAUAAUUUUGAUUAUCUAACUCGUGAUUCCAGUAUAUUGGGUGCCCAUCAUUUGGACGAAUUUGUUCGGAUAUGGGCUGAAUAUGAUCCAAAUGCGACGGGUAGAAUUCACUACACAGAAAUGUAUGAUAUGUUAAAAAACAUGGAUCCUCCGUUGGGGUUCGGUAACAAAUGUCCCAAUCGCCUCGCCUACAAAAAAUUAAUACGAAUGAAUAUGCCACUUGAUGACGAACUGAGAGUGAAUUUUACAACAACCCUUUUUGCGCUGAUACGUGAAAACCUCAGUAUAAAAAUGCGAUCCGCUGAAGAAAUGGAUCAAGCCGAUAUGGAACUCAGGGAAACCAUAACGCAUAUAUGGCCGUUACAGGCCAGAAAGGUCCUUGAUUUGUUGGUGCCGAAAAGCGAUCAAUUGAAUAAGGGAAAAAUGUCAGUUGGAAAAAUUUAUGGUGGUUUUCUAAUCUUAGAAUCCUGGCGUACGACGCGUUUUGGACAAAUAGAUUCAGGCAUGCCGGCCAAGAAAGAUGAUGAUAUGAAAAGUAGUCCUACCGCUGCCGAUCAGCCGAUGUUGGAGUUACAAGAUGUUCCAUCACGGCACCCUUCUCAGGAAUCGUUAACUGGGGGCGAUGCUGGCCAUCUGCAUCCUGGUCAUGCGUACACAAACGGCCAUCGAAGAUCACCUAGUCUAAGGCAUAACGGAUCUCCUUUGGCCAGAUCUCCAAGUCCUAGACGGCGAGGUCAUCAAUAUAUACAUCAUGAUAUUGGGUUCUCCGAUACCGUAUCUAAUGUUGUAGAGAUGGUCAAGGAGACCCGUCAUCCUAGGCAUAGUUAUGGUCACCCUACUCGAUAUCCAAGAGGUUCAUGGUCAGCAUCGACAAGUCCGGCCCGUUCGCCUUCACCUUCUCGAUUCGGUGGCCAUUUAUCUCGAAGUAGGCGUAAUCAUCUGCCUUAUCCCACAUAUGGGACGACAAGUCUAUGUCAAAGAUCACGAUCACCAAGUCCCGCUCGACUUCAGGAGAUGCGUGAAAGAGAUAGACUUGGUAUUGGGAUUGAUGAAAUGGGAGGUACACAUGUUCAGCAUAGCUAUCCAGUAUUGGCGGCGAGACGUGGAGGAGCUGGAAGACGUCUGCCGCCGACACCAUGUAAACCAUCAACGUUGCAGUUGAAGCCAACAAAUAUAAAUUUUCCAAAACUGAAUGCAAGUCCAACGCAUACACAUCAUUCGACGCCUCAUAGUGUUCACUCAUUGCCACAUCACCGCGACUUGUUGCGGGAUCCAAGAGAUAUGUACUAUAGUAGUAGAGAAAGAGAUAGAGACCGUGAACGGUAUAGAGAUAGAAUGAGAGACUAUGACCUGCGUUAUGAGUAUCGAGAUCGAGAGAGGGAGCUGUAUGAAAGAGAGAGAGAUAGGGAACGAGAGCUGGAAAGAGAAAGACUGGAAUAUAUUGCACCUCUGUCCUUUGAACAGGCUCUUGCCAUGGGACGAACAGGACGAGUUCUGCCUUCGCCAGUUUUAAAUGGUUACAAGCCAAAAGGUGGCCUACACACACGACAUUCGGAUUCAGAUGAAGAAGACUGGUGCUAGCAAAGGCUUUGAUUAAGGCGUGACCGCAGGGAACAGAUCUGGGUUUAGCAAAACAACAACAAAAACAAAUACAACAGCAACAACAUUCAAAUAAAAAAAAAAAACACAAAACCAUCUCAUUAGUGACAAGCGUGAAUCAACAACAACAACAACAAAAAAACCAACAACAACAACAACCAAAAAAACAUUUAAUAGUCUAUAAAUAUCUUUCUCUACAAUCUGCUACAAUAAGUUCGAAGUUUUAUACGCAAAAAAGAAAACAAAACAAACAAAAAAAUUAUAAACAAAUUAAAAUACUUUUGAAUUAUCAUAAUCAACGGAAAAAAAUAUUUUAAAGAUCGUACAAAGUAUGUAAAGAAACUGACAAAUUAACCAUCUCAACAAAAAAAAAAAAAUAAAUAAUAUAAAAAAAACUCGUAUAGAAAACAUUAAAAAAAAGUUUUAUAUCUCAAAAAAUUAAAAAAAAAAAAACAAAAAACAUAUAUUGCCGCAGCUUUAACAUAAUAGCUUAUAAUUUUUCGUUUUUUUAUUCCCAACUUAAGAAAAAUAAAAAAAAAAUAUGUAUACAUAAAUUUAUUAAAAAAAAAAUGAAAUGAAUAAAAAUAUGAAAAGGCAUUGUUAUUUAAUUUCUAUAGACAAUUUAAAUUCGAUAUAAAAUAUACACAUUUUUUAUAAACAAAAAAACAAAAUGAAUACAAGAAAGAGUUGUAGAGGUACCUUUGAAUACAUUAUAUAGAAAGCGUAAGUCCAAAAAAAUGUUAAUUUGUCAAAAUUAUCCCAGUUAUUAUGAAAAAUACAAAAAAAAAAAAAUAAAGUUGUUAUUUUCUUCAAAAAAUUUACGUUAAACUAUAUAAAAGAUAAAUUUAUUAAUUAUUAGCACACUGUUUCUGUUGACUGAUUGUUAAAAAAAAAAGUAAGAGAUUGUAUUACAAAAAAAAUCUUGAAAGCUAUAUCGUGUAUGGAUUGUUACAAAAAAAUGAAAAUAUUUAGCCAAUUUAUUGUUGAACUUGACUUUCAAUAUUUUUUUUUACUAAUUUAAAUAGACAUUUAACUAGAACAAUUUUAACCUAUAAAUAAAAAAAAAUUUAAACCAAAUAAAAAAUAAAAAAUUUUUGAAACGAUCGCCAAAGAAAACAAAAUAUAAUAAAAAAGUAAAUAUUUAUUUUUGUUGAUGCAUAUUAGCCCCUUUUUUAAUUUCCUUUUAUAUUUUUGUUUUUUUGUUAUUUAUAAUAAAUACAUUUGGACAUAAUACAAUCCAUUUCGCUUUACAUACUCACUCAUUAGAUAGGAAAAUUAAACAAAAAAACAAAAAAUUCAAACACUAUAACAAAAAGAAAACAAAUAAAAAACCAGAGAAAGAAAACCUAUAAAAUCGUAAUACAUCAAUAAAACAAAAAUAAAAAUAUUCAUAACUCUAAUAAUGUAGGAAAUGUAUAAUAUAAACCUCUAAGACAAAAAAAAAUAAACUGACAAAUAUAUAAAAUUUAUAUAAAAAAAAAAAACAAAUAGGUAAACCUACAACAGCAAAACGCACAAAGUUACGAUGCGAUACGAAACGAUGAAUGGUUUUUUGUGUUAAUAUACAUUUUUUUCUUUAUUUGUGUUCUCAUUUCAUUUUGUCAUUGAUUUUUAUAAAAAUCAUGAAUCUGUAUAAUGCAUCAUUUAACAAAAAUAAUAAAAAAAAAAAAAACACUGUACAUAACUUUAUAGAACUUCGCUGUACAUUUUUAAGCUUCGAAAUUGUACUAAAUCACACACACACACACACACAGCAAUGAAAUAGGAAUAAAAGCAGUUAUAGGAAUAAUAUUGGAAAGAGUUAAGUUUAUUAUAAAUUAAAAAGAAAAAUCAUUUUAACCUCAUAUUUUAAAGGAUUCAUCAUAUCAUUACUUAAAGUACCAUUGAAAUUGCAAUAACAUAUUUACCUUUAUUUGGUUUUAAUUAUAAAAAUUAAUUUAUUUUAUUGAAAGUUUUUUUUUUUCUUUUUUUCAAGUUGCAAGUUUUAUUUAAAAAAAAAGAAAAAAAAAACCGUUGGCUGAAAAAAUAAAUUGUUUUUAAUUUAAAAUUUCAUAGUACCUUAAUAUUAUGUCAGACAAUCAGAAAAAAAUAUGUAGGCAUUAAUUUUUGAAAUUCAUGUUUUCAGUAUAAUUUUUUUUUUAUCAAUGAGAACUUUAAGUUCAUUCAUAAUCAUCUUAUAUCCUGAAUUAAAUUAUCUUAUAUGUUAACAAUAGUAAGUGGAUGAUUUAAUUUUCAAAACGCUCAAUUUUUUCAUUAAUUUUCUACAGCCAUAUCAGAAAACAAAAAGUGUUAAAAAUCCACAAAGCGGACAGGUAAGGCAAGGUACUCUUUUGUUAAAAAAUGCUAAUGCACCAUACCGCUUAGGAACUUCACAAACUCAGAGAGGUUUUUAACGAUACCGAUAUUGGAUAUUGGAAUCGGAAUUUAGAUAUUCGUAUGUUUCGUGUGUUUCAUGUUACAGUAACAGUAACGAAACACAUGUGUAACUAACGACAUUGUUUAGGAAGUAACUUUUCGUUACGCGUUACCCGCAACUCAGUUAUGAAUACAUACGAUUUACUAUAGCUUGAAUACUUACACUGGGCAAAUAUGAUGAUCAAAUGAACGCAGUUUGUUUUAAAACAACUUUUGUUAACUACCCUAGUGCAUUUGUUCCAUUUUAAUUUGUUAAAAUCGUGUAGCCAAAAAAAAAUGGGACAUUUUCAAAAUUUUUAAUCAAUGUUAUUUUUGGAAACCUGUGUGUUCACAUUCACAGGCAUUGAGGUUCUUGUGAUUCAUUUCUGCUAUUGAAUAACCGCUUGACUAAAAAGCACAUGUGUGUUCCUCGAUGUUUGGUUCUGUUUGGAAAUUAACGAUAAAAUAUUAAAUUAUGUAUAAAAGUACAGCAUGUAUAGAAUUAUGUUCCAUUAUGAAAAGUGUCAAAUUUUAAUGCACAUAACGGACUCCAAAGUAUCGAAAUUAAUUUUUAAAAAAUUCUUGAAAAUAUUUAUGUUAGCCAGACGUUACUUUCUUAAUAUGUUUCCAUACAAAAUGUUGAUAAUAAAUAGCAGGUAGUAGUUUUUAAGGUAUUACUUAAAAAUUCAGUAAAAUUCUAAAGAUGGUAGAAAAUCUUCUUCCUUGACAAAUUUUUAUAGGACUACGAGGAUCAUAAGAAAAAUAAAUGCAAUUAUUUAUAAAAAAAUAUAUCAAUAAAUUCAAUGUCGUUAAUAUACUUUUUUGUUUGAUAUUUUUUAAAAAAGAAAAUUAAAUUAUUUUUUAUUAUUACCACCUUAAGAAUUUUGGUGAAUUUUUAAGUUCACUCAAAAGCUACUUGUAGUUUAUCCAUAUUUUGUUUGGAAAACUUGACAUUGCUUCACGUCCAAUUAAGAUAGGGGCACAAACCUUGUAGAGAAUUUUUUUUUUAAUUUAUUUCGAGACUUAAAAUUCAAUAAUGUUCAAGCUUCACAUAAGGAACACUUUAGCGUAUGCAUAUAGUGAUCCAUAUUUGACCAGAGUUGUGGGUUAUGGCAAAUUGAUACGGUUGCACAAUGCGAAGAGUUGUUUUUGUCUAACAAACAAAUAUAAACAAUUUGUAAAUUUAAAAUUUUUGCAACUAUCCAAAAUAAAAGCCUGUUUCUAAUAUACUAUUUUUAUUUUCAAGACCUGUAUCUUGAAUAUUUUGAACGUUCGACCAAUAAAACUCAAAGUUUAAGUUUUUAUAAAACAUCAUUUUAAGUCUCUUUUGAGAUUUUUUUUUUCAAUUUCUUUUUAUGUCAAAAAUAGAAGAAUUACUUGUUGUUGGUAACUUUUUUUUGAUCUCAUAAUGCUAACGAUGAUUUCAUUUUGUCGGCUUACUCAAGAAACAAUAAAUUAAUAGAAAAAAAUUUUAAUUAUUUUGUUUCGCAUUUGCGUUAUAAUUAAUUUAUGUGCGGAAUAGAUAAGUUUACCUGCAUUAUCAAAUAUUACAAGGAAGCAAACAGCCUAGAAAAAAUUGUGUUCUUAAGUUUAAUUUCACUUUCAAAAUAAUUCAUCAUUCACAAAUUUGUUUUUUUAAGUUUUAAAGGUGGUCUGUUUUAAAGGUGGUCUGUUUUACAAGAAACCAAAACAAAGCCAACACUAUUUUUUUCCUUUAGUUUUCUUAUACAUAAUAUCUUGGUCUGACUUGUCAUACUCGAAAGUCCUUUGAGUAUAAAUCCAAAACAUCGCACUCUCUAUGUUGAAACAUAUAAUAAAUUUUAAGAUGAACAUAAACGUGUGUAAAUAUGUCCAUACAUUGUAAAAAAAAAAACUCUUAUUUUAAUUCUUAAAAUAUAAAAAAUCCCAGAAUCAACAUUUUGUACUAAAGAAAAACCAAAACAAAAAAAAAUAAA